CUUCAUGAGAUCAAGCAGCAGCAGAGAAGAUAAUCUGGAAACAUGGAGGGAGGACAUUUCGGUUACCCUCGCGACUACCUCGACCGCUUCAUCCAGAGCCAGGAUUCGUCCGUGGUCAACAAGUUCCAGCAGAAAUUCUGGAAAACCAAGCAGACGCUGAUACGAGUCACCGGGAAGAAAGAGGACGAACAUGUGGUGGCGUCCGACGCAGAUCUGGACGCCAAACUGGAGGUUUUUCACUCCGUCCAGAGAAGCUGCAUGGAGCUGCUGAAGGUCAUAGAGCAGUACCAGAGGAGGAUCUGCUUUCUGUCUCAGGAGGAGAACGAGCUGGGUCGGUUCCUCCGCUCUCAGGGUUCUGAGGAUAAAACCAGGGCAGGGAAGAUCAUGCAGGCCACAGGGAAAGCUCUGUGCUUCUCCUCCCAGCAGAGAUUAGCUCUGAGGAAACCUCUGUGCCGUUUGUACCAGGAGGUGGAGACGUUCCGCUACCGCGCCAUUUCUGACACGUGGCUGACGGUGAAUCGUAUGGAGCAGUCGAGGACCGAGUACAGAGCAGCGCUGCUGUGGAUGAAGGACGCGUCUCAGGAGCUCGACCCCGACACGCACAAGCACAUGGAGAAGUUCCGCAAGGUUCAGGCUCAGGUGCGAACGACCAAAAUGAGCUUCGACAAACUGAAGAACGACGUUUGUCAGAAGGUGGAUCUGCUCGGAGCGAGUCGCUGCAACCUCCUGUCGCACGUUUUAACCACGUACCAGACGACUCUUUUACACUUUUGGGAGAAAACGUCUCACAUGAUGGCGGCGAUUCACGAGAGCUUCAGAGGCUGUCAGCACUACGACUUCUCCACCCUGAAGGAGCCGACAGACAAACCGCUCAAAAAGAGAGGGAAGAAGAAAAGACGAGAAGACGACGAUGACGGAAAGAAAGAUGAGAGCAGAGAAGAACAACUCGUCUCACUGGAGAGAGAAAACAGCAGCGACGACAUCAGAGAAGACGUGGACAGAGAGCAGGACAGCAUGACUUUACUCAGCCAGAUCCUGGGCAGCGCCGCCGUGGACGAGGGAGACUUUUCCCGAGAGUGGACCGAGGUGUUUGGAGACGCAGAGGACGAGACGAGCGCGUCGUCAGGACGACCGGCCGAGACGCAACAGACACUAAGCUCCGCCUUCUUUCUACCGUCUCAGCUUCUGGACCAGAACCUGGACCACCUGACCUCCUCUGUCUCAGGUCAGGACAAGAACCUGGACUGGGCCAACGUCGCUCCACAACCAGGAGCCCAGACCACAGACGUGUCACCUGGUGCCGGUCAGAACCCGUCUCAGCCGACAGGGAAAGACAAAGUGGGGACGUCCAGAGACCUGUCAGUGUGGUUCAACCUGUUUGCAGACCUGGACCCGCUCUCUAACCCCGACGCCGUCGGAAAAACCGACUCAGCGCACGAACUCCACACUGCAUAGAUCCGUCUGUCUGUCUGUCUGUGUGUGAUUUCUCUGAACCUUUAUCAGAGAGAGAAAAGUGUUCAUUAAUAACUGUCGCUGAUUCCAAACAGCUGGAAACAGUAACUCUGACGACAGAGUGAACGUCUUUGAGAAGCCUGUGAUGAUGUUAGCAUGGAUUUGACCUCAGUGUGUGAGUGGAAUACGAAGCCUUUGACAUUCGCUGCCUUGGAGACGUCGAGUCUCGCGUAGCAUUCGCUCUUUAUUCACCGUUCUCAGCAUCAGAUCACCAAAACUGACAGAGCCUCUUUGGUGUGGGAGAGUGAGUGGUUUACAAAGAUCGACAUAGAUCGGCCUGGUGAACGAUGAGUAAACACUAAAUCCUGGAUUGGAUUCAGGACUGGACUUCCCUUCUUCAAAGAGGUUUUAAUGUUUUUUUUUUAUGAUUAAAAACAUGAAUCGCUGCAUGUUUGUUGCAUGUGAUUAUUUAACAUUCUGCAGUUUACAGUGUGAGGUUUGAUUAUCAUUCAUUAAGAUUAUUAUAGAAUUCCCUGUAACAGAGUGUGAGUUUAUUUAUACUUGUGUCAUUGUUGAUGAUCAAAGCCAUAAAAACCAAAUAUAAAUGAA